AAGUUUGGCAUGACGCUUGUCAAUUUCAAAUUUUUAAAACAUACUGGGAAAAAUAUUUGUGAUGACCCAUUUGUGUUUGCAUCACAAGCUAAAAAGGUGUUUUAUAUAUAUGAUGAGAGAAACAAGGAUUGGCUUGUUGUUCUCAAUGCAAAAGUUAGAGAUAUCUAUGAUAUGGGUGAUGAGGAAUCUAAUGAAAUUGAAGAAAUUCAUGGGCAACUAAUGGGCGAUACAAGUGAAGCUACUCAAAAUGUUAAUGAUUUGGUUAGGCUUCAAGUUGAAGACGAUAAUGAUUUUUUUGAAGUUGUUGAUGUUGAUAAUAUGGAUGAUGAUGAAGAUAAUGAAGAUGAUGAGGAAGACGAAUGAAAGAAGCAAUGGCUCGAAGAAGAAAGUUAAAUAUUCGACAUCGAGCAAGUGAUAAUGAAGGAAUUCAGUCUACUUCUAAUAAUACAAACUCAACCAAUGUAGAAGGAAGUAAUGUUGCAGAAACUCGUUCUAGUCCUUGUCAUGCAGAAGGUGUCAUACGUGAGUCUGUAGAAUCUCACUCAAUUCCCUCUGAUAUAGAAGUUGAAGAAGAACAAAUUGAAAAAGAAGUAGAGCCUAAACGGGCUAGAGGUCCUACAAAAAUGUUAGAUGUAUGGGAAAUGGAACAUGGUGAUUUAAUAAUCGUUAAUUUGGACAAAUAUGGUCGACCCAUUGGUGAGGAAGGGACAACUCUAACUCGUUUCAUUGGUAGCGUAGCUAGAAGGUAUCAAUAUGCUCCUAUCAACUACAAGUCAUGGAAAGUUAUGCCAAAUGAUUACAAAGAAGAAAUGUUGAAAUUAAUAGAGAGUAAAUUUGAGUUUGUUCCUCCAAUAAAUGACUUAACAAGAGAAAUGUUAAAAUCUGAGCUGAAUGAGAAAUGGAGGCAAUGGAAGGGUGAUCUAAAGUCAAUGGCAUAUGACCCUACUAAAACAGAAGAAGAAGUUGCAUCUCUUGUACCAGAUGAUAGGGUUGACCUAUUUGAUUCUUCCUCAACAUCUAGUGGAAGAACCCCUUCUCCUCAACCUCCUUCCUCUCCUGCCAAAAGGGUCUCUAUACCUACUCAUAAGGUAUUAGCAAAGGAUAAAGGGAAGGCAAUUGCAAUUGAUCAAGGAACGACAAAAAAGAGGAAGGUUCCUCAAUCUGAAAAACUAAUGGGGGAUGCCAUGAAGGGGACAACCCAGAAAAAGAAGGAAACUAUAUCUUCCCCCCAACCAAAUAAGAUUCAACCUCCCAAAAGCAAACCUGUUGAAGACGUUGUUCUUCCUCCUGUUUUCUUAAAUAGGAAAAUCCAUGAGAAAUCUAUCCAAGGCUCAUUAGAGCUUUCUACUCCAACUUCACACUCACAACUUUUGGAAUUGAGUCUGAAGUAA